AUGUCUUCUGCCGAUAAGCAAAAACCAACGGAUACUUUCACCAACGAUACCAACAGUCAAAGCGGAAGCGGCGCUGUUCAGCGAGGAGGCGCCGGCACUGAGAAGACGCCUGCGGACUCUGAUGCGCCUCAGGAUCCCUCGAAGAAGAUGGUACGCACUACGCAGAUAGAUACCUUCUUCUCCUGCCACUGUGAUGGUCGCUGGUAUUUUGCUACCAAGAAGCCUGGUGGCGGCUCUGGGAUCCUGGGAGGCAUCCGCGAUGAGGUCCAUCCGGUUCAAACCUAUUGA